AUGGAACUCAAUCUUUUACCGCCAAUUGUCUUUGCAACAAUAUUUUCACCACUUCUAGCUGCCAUCUCAUCUUUUGGUAUUAUUUCCUGGUUACGAUUACCCAUUUAUUCUAUGAUGUGUGUCACACCAUUUCUCAUUCUUGGAAUUGGAGUGGACGAUGCAUUUAUUAUGAUUCAAAGUUGGACCAAUCUAAGGGCUAAGACAUCUCGCAAAGAGCGAUUAGCACAAGUUUUUAUCGAAAUUGGACCAUCAAUUAGCAUUACAUCGAUGACUAAUCUAAUUGCUUUUGGUAUUGGUUAUUUAACUCCAACACCACAGAUGAGUUUAUUUUGUUUGUGUACAUCAUUUGCUUGCUUAUUGGAUUAUAUUUUUACAUUUACAUUUUUGGCACCAAUUCUUUACUUAGCUGAUAAAUCAGAGAAUGAUUAUGUGAUGGCGAAAAAAGUGUCAAAAAAUGAACUUGGCGAACAAUGUCUAGCAAGUUAUAGUAAAUUGAUAUGUUCAUGGAAGGGUCAAAUUAUUGCAAUAAUUAUAUUAGUAAUAUUAUAUUCUCUGUCAGCAAUAGGAGUUAUGAAAAUGAAAUCAACCUUUGAACCUGUAAAAGCAUUUCCAUCUGAUUCAAUAUCUACAAGUUCAUUUACUGUUCUUCGAGAUGUUUUUGAUCAAUUUUUUCCACUUCAAAUUGUCAUUAAUAAACCACCAAAUAUUAGCAACUCAAUAGAAUAUAACGAGUUUCACGAUAUGAUAAGAAGCUUAGAAGCGAUACCUAACAGUUAUGGACCCAAUCGAACGAUGAUUUUCCUGAAAACAUACGAAGAUUUUGAUCGUAAAAUAUACAAUUUCUUUAAUAUGUUAGGUAUAGCUGAUCAGGAAAAAUUUACACCUUCAUAUGAUAAUUUGCCGAUAUUUCUGGAUCACAUCAAAAAUCCACCAUUCAUCAAAAUGAACAAUGAAAAAGGUGAACAUAAAUUGGUAUCAUUCGUAAUUACAACAACUGCUCGAAAUAUGUCUGAAUGGUCAAACCGUGCUGAAUAUGUAGAUGCAUGUCGUACAACUCUUCGUAAUUAUCCACAUUUCAAUGCAACCGUUUAUGAUGGUGACUCAGCUGUACUGGAUUUAAUAUUAACUGCAAAAAAAGAUCUUAUUGGAUCAAUUACUGUUACAGUUAUUUGCAUGGCAAUUGUAUGCUUAUUUUUUAUUGGUAGUAAAAUUGGUGUACUUAUUAUUGCUUCAACAAUAUUAUCCAUUUGUUUUACAUUAGUUGGCUCAUUAUCAUGGUGGGGUGCAGAUAUGGAUCCUGUAACAAUGGUUGACGUACUUAUUGCUACCGGAUUUAGUGUCGACUACACUGCUCAUAUCGCAUAUAAAUUUUACAAAUUAACCGGGUGUCGGGAAGAGCGAAUUAAACAAAGUUUCCGUGAAAUGUGCGGUCCUAUGUUUCAGGCUGGCAUAUCAACGAUACUUUGUAUGUUACCGCUUAUCUUUGUUCCAACUUAUGCAAUUUUAGCAUUUGCUAAAACAGUUUUUCUGGAUGUAGGUCUAGCUUUGUUGCACGGAUUUUUCAUACUACCCAUUUUACUGGUCACUUUAUGCCGCGACAAUCGGAAAGAAGCCAGUAACGACAAAACAAUGAACACAUCCGGAAUGAUAAAUAGCGACAUAAAUAAUGGCAAUCUAUUAGAAAAAUAA